CUUUUGGAAUGCCGAGAGACUCGGGCUCUGCACCCGAUCCGUGGCAUUUAGAUCAACAAAGAACUGAAGGAUUCGGUAAGCUGGUUCUUUCAUCGUCGAUGCAUUCGGGCUCUCGAUGAUCAGAGAUGCUGGUCGACACAUAGACAUACAUAGGUAGACGAGGUAAGUUGCUUUGAAUCUCUUAAACCCUUCAUUUCCCUCUUUCGAGCUAUUGUCCAUCGCUUUUACAACGCCAUACACAACACACAUACAUUCUCCUUAUUGACCGGCAGGUCAUAAUUACAAGGCGAUUCAACCGCACCACCCACAACCCCCUCAUCCAUCAUGGCCUCAAAUCCACCCAACCCCCCCCCAGGCGCAGGGAAGAGAACCAAAACCCCUCCCCCCACCACCGACGACUCCUUCACCAUCGCGCUCACCCCGAGAAAUGUCGCCAUGCAGCGCCUCCGCGACCUCCAAGACCCCGAAACAGCAGCAAUAAACGAGCAUUACCGCCGCACCGGCCAGCUCCCCCGCGUCCUCGGCCAAUCGCCGCUCGCGGGGUCGCUCGCGGCGCCAACCAGUGGGAUCGCGGGGACGAGAUUCACGCCCGUUAAUCGCCCCGCUGCCAACGCCGGUGGGACGACAUUCACACCCGUUAACCCCGCCGGCGCCGGCACUACUGGGGCGGGGACGAGACCGGGGGAUACUAAUAUACCGGGUGUCACUAUCAAUAGAGCUACAAACGGCAGCGUAGCUCCGGGUGCGAAUCCGCGUGCGAGAGGCCCGAGAGGUAGACUCCCGGCGCCGACACCCAUGGGCCUGCCUCCGGGGGUAAUAGUGCGGCAGCCUGGAGUGGAGCCGAGGAGGAAUAUGCAGCGGUAUGGCGCUUUCAUUGAGGAUAGCCCUGAGCCGCCGCCGGCGUUGCGGCCGGACGUCCCGCCGCCUUCGGAUGCGGAGUUGCGCGCCAGGCUGGCGAUGCAGACGGGUCAGAAGGGGGUGAUCAAGUAUCCGAUUCGGUAUAUGGGGAUAUUGCCCGAUGAGCUGAGUGAGGAUUUCGAUGCGAGUACGGGGUAUAAUCCGCCGCCUCCGGGGCAGAGGGGGACGGAUGCGGAGGAGAGGGCGUGGGAGAAGGUGAGGGUGGAGAGCCUUAGGGGGGUGAGGUUUGGGGAGUGGAAUACGAGUUGGCUUAUGAGGAUGGCGCAGUUGAAGGGGGUUGGUGUGGAGCUGGAGGGGGGCGAGGCGGAGGUUCGUGAGGUGCUGGAGAGGGAGUUGACGGAGGUGAAGAUGGCGGAGAAGGCUGUGGCAGUGCAAGAGGCUCUCGUGGGGACUGACGGGGGGCGCUGGGCUAAGGUGGUAGAGGCGGAGGUCGAGCAGGAGCGCUAUAUUUUAGUGGAUGAGGACAAGGAUGAUAUGGAGGUGAUAAAGUCAAAGGUGGCGACGACGUGGCAGCAGCAGGCGAAGAUGGAUUUACCUGCUAGUGACGUGAGUUUGUGGUUGUCGGCCGUGACGUGGGGAACUAAGCCGUCGAGGAUGGUGAGGUGGGCGGGGAGGAAUGCAGAGAUGGAUGAUGGGCAUUGGUUGGGGAUUUAUGUGUAUAGGUUGACGAGGAAGGGGAAGGCUGCAGAAGUUGAGAGGAAUGAGCAGUAUGAGAGGGAGGCGAGGCGCUCGGCCGCUGGGCGUUGAUGAUGGGAUGCGGUUAUGUGCUUUGCUGUUGUUGUUUGUGGCUUUUGCGUUGCUUGAUUUCCUUUACUCAUUUUGUCUAACUGAUUAUUGGUCAUAUAUAAAUCUGAUCGAAAUGGAAUCUAAGCCUCUUAUUAUUUACCAAG